CACUAACUUCCUGCGAGUUCGUUAUCGCUUCCCGAAUUAUAGCAGUGCAGUGAAAUACCUUUGUCAAGGAAAAAAUCAAGAAUCAUGAACAAACAAAUCUUGGUUUUUUCAACAAUAACACCCAAUACCAGAGGGAACCAGUAAGACGCUAACGUCCGUGGAUGCUAUCAACCACAUAGCGAACUACACUUCCCAGCAUGCUCGUUCGCCAGGGACAGGUUGCACACAACAUCAGCUGCAGGAGGACUGUGGGUUUUCAUACACUAUUUGCAGCUAUGCUGAGCUUCUUUGUGUAUAUUACGCUCUGCAUAAAUCGCAUGUCUGCCGCGGACACCAAAGUCUCACAGAAUGCCCUCAGUCCCAGUGAGAGCUAUCUAAAGUCGCUGUGGCACAACAGGCUGUACUUGUAUUCAGCUGCCGCACUCGUCUUUGGGGUCUGGUUCUCGCUGAAGGUGGCUCAGAAGAAGAAACACUUCUCGAAAGAUUCCAAAGCUGUGAAAAGCAACGACAGCUUUGCAGACACUGCUUCUAACGUGUCUGCAGUUAAAAUCUUCUAUGGCUCGCAAACCGGAACAGCAAAGGGGUUUGCUGUAGAGCUGUCGGAAGAGGUGAAGAAGUCUGGUGUACCAGCAGAGGUGAUCGACAUCAAAGACUACGAUCCAGACGACCAGCUUGCCGACGAGUGCACCAACAAGUCAGUGUGCGUGUUCCUCUUGGCGACUUACACGGAUGGACAGCCCACAGAGAACGCAGAGUGGUUCUGCAAGUGGUUGCAAGAGGCCUCCACCGACUUCCGAUACGGGAAGACAUACCUCAAAGGCCUCCGCUACGCAGUGUUCGGCCUCGGCAACUCUGUCUACGUCGGCCACUAUAAUACGGUGGGUACCAACGUGGACAAAUGGCUCUGGAUGCUGAGCGCCGUGCGAGUCAUGACCAGAGGAGAGGGCGACUGUAAUGUGGUGAAGAGUCGUAACGGCAGCGUUCAGGCUGACUUUGUGGCCUGGAAGGUCAAGUUCCUGAGCCGCCUCCAGGCUCUGGUUGAGGGCGAGAAGAAGAGCUGCAGCGGGAACUAUAAGACCGGAGGCUCCUGUAAGAGCCAGAGGAGUGAUGGGCAGGAAGAGGAGGAGGAGGAGGAAGAGGAGAACAACAGCUCUGAGACGGACCUGGUCGAGUCCAGCAGUGACGAGGAGGAGUCUGGACCGCAAGCUGGGACGAAGUCUGGUUCAGUGAUCGACAUGGAGGAUCUGGGCCACAUCAUGAGCAGUGCCAAAAGGGCAAAGAGCAAAGAGGAGGGUCAAGGAGACGGCCUGAUGGUGAAGCUGUCUAAGGUGAAUGGAGUGAAGAAGAUUGAAGAUGAGGGGGAAAGACGAGAGAUGAUCACUCCUGCCCUGAGAGAAGCACUGACCAAACAAGGCUACAAACUCAUCGGAAGUCAUUCCGGAGUGAAACUGUGCCGAUGGACCAAGUCCAUGUUGCGAGGGAGAGGCGGCUGUUACAAGCACACGUUCUACGGCAUCGAGUCCCACCGCUGCAUGGAGACCACCCCCAGCCUUGCCUGUGCCAACAAGUGUGUCUUCUGCUGGAGACAUCACACCAACCCUGUGGGCACCGAGUGGCGCUGGAAGAUGGACCCUGCUGAGAAGAUCCUGCAGGACGCCAUGGAGAAGCACCAGAGCAUGAUUCGACAAUUCAGAGGUGUCCCCGGAGUGAAACCCGAGCGCUACGAGGAGGGCCUGGCUGCCAAGCACUGUGCCCUCUCCCUGGUGGGUGAGCCCAUCAUGUACCCUGAAAUCAACGCCUUCAUCCGUCUCUUGCACUCCCGCCGCAUCUCCAGCUUCCUGGUCACCAACGCGCAGUUCCCUGAGGAAAUCCGGAGCCUGGUUCCGGUUACCCAGCUGUACGUGAGCGUGGACGCCAGCACGAAAGACAGUCUGAAGAAGAUCGACCGACCACUUUUCAAGGACUUCUGGCCCCGCUUCCUGGACAGCCUCAGGGCCCUGGGAGAGAAGAGACAAAGGACGGUGUACAGACUGACGCUGGUGAAGGCCUGGAACGUGGAGGAGAUGCAGUCUUACGCAGAGCUCAUUGCUUUGGGCCAGCCGGACUUCAUUGAGGUCAAGGGAGUGACGUACUGCGGGGAAAGCUCUGCCAGCAGUCUGACCAUGGCAAAUGUGCCCUGGCACCAGGAAGUGGUCGCCUUCGUCCAGCAGCUGGCCGACAUGCUGCCUGAGUACGAGAUCGCCUGUGAGCACGAGCACUCCAACUGUCUGCUCAUGGCGCACACCAAGUUUAAGGUGGACGGCGAGUGGUGGACGUGGAUUGACUACGAGCGCUUCCAGGAGCUCGUCCAGGUCCGAGAGGAGAGCGGGGGACAGCUGGGCUUCUCGGCCCUGGACUACAUGGCCAAGACCCCCGGCUGGGCUCUGUUUGGGGCCCACGAGCAAGGCUUCGACCCCGCCGACACACGCUUCCAACGACGCAACAAAACCAAAGACAUUUCAGGAUGCUAAUCCAUGUGAGAGAGGCAGGAUAAAUAGGACCAGCACAAUUCCUUAUAGCAGAAAAAAAAACAAAAAAUCUGAGGGAAGGGUUUAUUCUUUAUCCUCCUUCCUUUUUUGUACCGUCCUCAGCUGACCUCGUUCUUGCUCGAACACUUCUUUUCAUUGUGUAUUCAAUGUGGAUCCAUCAUUUGGCUUGAACAGCCGAAGACUAAUCAAAAAUCCAUCGUUUUCUUGACAUUCCCCCUUUGCGUUCUCUUUAAGUGCUUCUCCUGCUUCCCGUAUGUGCAUAGAGCUGUUUACUCCCUUCUCUGUCCUCCUACGGGUCGUUAUUAUUAAUGGCGACGGCUUUGAUCCGUAGAGCCAUCAGGCAGCACUUGGGAGGGUUUACACAGCUGACUGUGAACUUGGGAGUGGUGUUCAUCCGAGUCAUUAUUUCUGUCAUUUCUUUUUUUUUUUUUAAUAAAGGUGACGCCAAGUCCCGCAACCUGAUUGGCGGUUAAGGAGGAGCUCUCCUCCUCGUGUCGUCGGUGGGAUCGACACUUCCUCAUUAGGACCCUGGUGGUAUUUGCCGGUGAAAGAGGGGCGUCUCUGCUGGGAGACUCAGGCUUCUUAUCGCUGCCUUUGUGCUAUUUUUAUUUGGGUUUUGUUGCACAUUCCUUGCUGUCAGCUUUGCUGGGUUUCAGACUGUACUUUGGCUUUUUACUAGUUCUGCCAUCCCAACUCUACUCUUUUCAUGAGUAGCAUGAUGUAAUAAAAUAUGAGAACACGUCGCUUAUGUUUGUUACUGAUUUUGAGAUAUUUGAGCUCACAUACCUAAGGAUGACGUUAAAAAAAAAAACUACGUCAUCGGUCGCUCUCGUGAAAUACGGUAGUGGGGCCACUAAAAGGGAAAAUAUUUCAUCACGUUUUUGUUCUGCGGUUCACCCUGCAAGAAUUCCUCCCAGAACACAAAAUUGAGAUGCACAUAUUCUCAGGUAGUCAAGUGUUGUAUCGGCUCUCAGGCACACAGAUGAAUAAAUUCUUAUCGUACUGCAGUUUUUUUAUAUGGUCACGCAACUCCCAAAUGUCUGCUGUCCAUCCAGGAUCAGGUGUGAAUAUGAAGAACAGCAUCAUGAGGGGGAGAUGUGGCUUCAUAUUGCAUGCUAGAAUAAAGCCUGAUAUUUUAGUAAAUCCAGAUGUAAAAAAAUUUAAUUUCUUUUUUUUAUUUGAAUGUAAAUUCAGAUGUGAACCGUUAAGUCUGUUUUGAUUGUUUUCUACUCCCUUUGAAGGAAACGGCAGGUGUGGUGAUAUAUCGCUGUAAUAAAUGUUUGUGGAUUCAGCUGCUUUGUGAUU